UCAGUAAAUACAUCUUUGCGCAUGGUCUCUGAGAGAGGACAAACAUGGCGGAAGAAGAAGGCUCUGUCGUAGAUACAGAGGACAAGUUGAAGGCAGAACCAGACCAAACUGCGGGAUCGAACCCUUGUCAGCCAAAAUGUUGUCUGCAAAGUGCUGAUGUCGAAAACGAAACCGAAUGUAUGAACGAAAAAUCAAAAGAAGAUUUUAGCGUCGAGGAGAAAGAAAAAGACACUACAGAAGAAGACCAGGCUUCUUCGAGUAGAGAAACUGCAAGUUUCCGUGUGGUUUGGAACAAAAAAAAUUACGAGGUUACUUUUCCUGUUGAUGAAACAGCUGAUAGCCUGAAGCAACACAUCGAAAAUCUGACAGGUUUACCAGUGUCGAUGCAAAAGUUAAUGUACAAAGGGCUUGUCAAGGAUGGUAGCAAAACGUUAAGGGAAUUAAAUGUCACCAAUGGUGUAAAAAUGAUGGUUGUAGGCUCAACCAUUAAUGAUGUCAUGAAAGUCACUCCCCCGCCUCCAGGGGCUUUAAAAGAAGAGAAAACAACUUCAGGGUCUACAAAGGAACCUCUGUGUAAACAAAAGAUGCAUAAAAAGGUUUUAGACAAAGGAAAACCAGAUGACAUCAUGCCAGGAAUCAAGAAUAAAAAAGAAAAGUUACCAAAUGUUCCAAUUGCUGGGAUGUACAACAAAUAUGGAGGAAAAGUCAGAUUAACAUUCAAACUUGAGUUGGAUCAACUUUGGAUUGGAACAAAAGAGCGAACAGAAAAGAUACCCAUGGGAUCAAUAAAAAAUGUAAUAUCAGAACCAAUUGAAGACCAUGAUGAAUAUCAUAUGAUGGCCAUUCAGCUGGGACCAACAGAAGCUUCCAGAUACUGGAUCUACUGGGUUCCUGCACAAUACGUGGACGCCAUUAAAGACACUAUUCUAGGCAAAUGGCAACCUUUUUAGACCGUUCUACGCAGUCUUCCACCUGUGAAGUCAACUUACAAAAAAAGCUGCAUUGUUCAAUGGCUUGCUUUUAAACGGAAAUACUAACGAUGUAUCGUCUCAGUUCAUGAUGUGGUCACAGAGUCAGAUAUUUUUUGAAGUACAGCAGUUAUUGACCUUUUCGAGAUGUCAAUUGUUGCCAUGCCGUUAGUUAAGUAAGCUACCCAGUCACCUUUGGUUCUCGUGCCGUUGACCCCCUGGAACAUUCUUCUGUUGCCGGUUUUCGAGCAGUUGUGCCAGUGACAGCUAUAGAGGCAAAGAACCCCCCGAUUAACUAAUAUAAUUUUGUUUGGCUGUUUUCGAAAGACGGCGCAUUUUUUAAACUUGAUCGUUUUGGUUUUUCAUUUGGUGCGUGUUAUGAAACCUUGACAAUAAUGGUUCCAUCAAUGGUUGCAUCAAUCAGUAAUGCUCUGUUCUCUCGGUUAAAAAUCACAACCGAAGUCACUUUAAUUUACCUCUCCUUGUCUUGCUAAGAGUGAUGAUGUCAUGGUGGUUUUGCAUUGUGUAAGUGUUUCAAUUGAAUCAAUCAGGGCAGAGUUACUGUACCAUUCAUCAAAGCAGAUGCAAGACCAGAACCAAUGGUGAUUUCGCUGGCACAGAAAAUACUUGCCUUUGUUUGUGGCAAUGUAACGCCGCGAUGGAGCUUAGCCUUGCGUGACGGACAAAAGGCAAGAACACUUGUGUUGUUACACUGAUUCUUGGAGGUCGUCAUUACAGUCGUCACGCGACCGCGAGAGCACGUUGCGUGACGACACGAGUAGCAUACUGCUGUGUGGAUAUAUAUGGUUUUACUCAGGAGACUUCUGAUUUUACUUUAUUGUCGACUUUAAAAGUGACUUCUUUCUAAAGCUAACACUUGUGAGGAACACGCGACGCAAGAAAGAAAAAGCGAUUUGAUUAAAGGAACUAUUUAAGAUUUUUGACGAGUCAGGAGUCAGCGUGAUUCUUGUGUACUGAUGCUCGCUUUUGGAAUUCGUCCGCUCCUAGAACUCUGAAUAUUUUUCUCCCUGGAAAGUUUGUAUCAACUUCAUAUUAAAUAAGCUACCGACACCGAUUGUA